UAGUAAUCGCGUGCAGCCGCGACAACGGUCGUUCCGAUUUUAGCGACUAUUCCACCGGGACGUAUUUCACGUUCCCAAACGACCACCGAAACUUUUGUCAAUCACAAAACGUCACAGUUCCACGUGGACGAUUGCGUAUCCCUGUUAUCAACUCUCUGUACAUCGAUGGAUCUCAGUGACUUCGUUGGAAUGCAAUCGAUCCGGUCGAGGCCCUCUUCGAUCUGACAGAUCGCCAUGCCAUCAUGAAUGCCACGGACAGCAACAGCGGCGUCAACGGCAACGACAGCAACAACACGAUCGCGGGCAAGACGAAUGCGCACGGCAACAGUGUUCGUCUGCAGAGCGUGAUCGGCAAGCAGAGCAGCUGCGUGCGCAAGAUGAGCACGAUGCCGGAGGAGGAGGAUACCUCGGACGAUAUGGAUCCUGAUGUGAUAAGGAUAGAACACCAGCACUAUCAGCAUCAUCAGCAUCACGACGUCGAUUCGGAUUCACCGUCCGAGGAAAGGGGUCGUUUACUAAGUGCUACCGAGUCGACCGCUCGAAAGAUCAUCAUUACCCCUACGAGCUCGAGUAUCCUGCACUGUAACGGCACCGUAAAGAAAACCAUCCCUCGAAACGACAGUAGCAACAGCGUCCACGAGAAAACGUACUCUCGACUUCAACAAUCAAAGUCAGGGGACCAAGUCGGUCAAACGGAGAAUAGGCUGCAUCGCGACAUACCGCAGGGUAUACUUAGAUCCGUUCGAGGGAUCGACUCGCAUGGUACGCGACAUCGCUGCUCCAGCGUAAGAUCGGUGAAAUCUAAUCCGACGAUGGAUGAACAUCAGCACCAGUAUCAUCCACCGGCGGCCAGCUGGGCAUCGAUCGUGUUCUCUGAUGGAAACGGGCAAACCCACGUGCGAACGCUUCCCGAUUCCGUCUCUAUACGCUCUCUAGCAUCGAUCGGCAUGGGUUCUUCCAACGGCCGGAAGCUCACGAUACGUAGAGUUCUCACUUCGCCGUCGGAGCUGCUUAACAUGGUACAUCCGCCGCCAUCGUUCGAGGAUGAUCUGUCCGUGUGUACCAGCUUCGAUGAUGCCGAAGAUGACGCUGAAGACCCCGGGGACUACAGGCAAUCGAGACGCCCACACUGGGCCAACAAAGUUCAAUUUGUCCUUGCUUGUAUCGGUUACUCUGUUGGUCUCGGAAAUGUUUGGAGGUUUCCUUACCUGUGUUACAAAAGUGGCGGUGGGGUGUUCUUGAUACCUUACUUCCUAAUACUUAUAGUAUGCGGGGUACCAUUAUUGUACAUGGAACUUAGUAUUGGACAAUUCACACGACGAGGACCGAUCGGUGCUCUCGGUCAAAUUUGUCCUUUAUUUAAAGGGGCUGGCUUGUCUUCGGUAGUAAUAUCAUUUUUGAUGUCAACCUACCAUAAUGUGAUAAUAGCCUACGCCAUAUAUUAUUUCUUUGCGGCGUUCAAAGCAAAGCAACCGUGGUCUGAGUGCGGCAACUCAUGGAACACUCUGGCAUGUUGGUUACCUAGUUACAGUGCCAUCGAUAAUAGAACAAGACCAAACGCUUCUAGAACGCCGGCCGAAGAAUUUUUUGACAACAAAGUUCUUCAAAUUAGUAAUGGAAUCGAAGAUUCCGGGGCCUUAAGAUGGGAGCUUGUUGCUUGCCUGAUUACUGCCUGGAUUAUGGUAUAUUUCUCCGUUUGGAAGUCUAUAAAAUCGUCGGCACAAGUGAGAUACCUGACCGCGACUCUGCCACUUCUUUUAAUCGUCGUCUUCCUCAUGCGGUCCCUUACCCUUGAAGGUGCUGACAAGGGCCUGCAAUUUUUCUUUCACCCACGUUGGGAGCUGCUUGGCGACGCAAAGGUUUGGAUCUACGCAACCGCUCAAAUUUUCAAUUCUGUAGGCAUAGCGUUUGGUUCGAUGAUAUGUUUUGCCAGUUACAACAAGUUCCAUAACACCAUCCUAGUGGAUAGCGUGGCCGUUUCUCUCAUAAACGCGUUCAGUAGCCUACUCGUUGGAAUAUUUUCAUUCGCAACCAUCGGCAACAUCGCUCUCGAACAAAAUAUGUCUGUCGAAGCUGUUUUAACAGAUGGACCUGGCCUCGUAUUCGUUCUUUACCCGCAAGCGUUAGCCAAGAUGCCAGCAUCGCAAGUGUGGGCCGUGUUAUUUUUCUUUAUGCUAGUCUGCCUCUCUUUGAAUAGUCAGUUUGCAAUAGUGGAAGUGGUUGUAACGUCGAUACAGGAUGGUUUUCCGAAAUGGGUGAAACGUCAUCUUUUGUGUCAUGAAAUGUUAGUACUUUUAGUAUGCGUCAUAUCCUUUCUAUUUGGUCUGCCUAAUAUCUCACAGGGAGGCAUUUACUUCUUUCAACUGAUAGAUCAUUAUGCCGCCUCGAUAUCGAUAAUGUUUCUCGCUUUCUUCGAAGUAAUUGCGAUAUCCUGGUGUUAUGGCGUAAGACGAUUGUGCAAUAACGUAAAAGAAAUGACUGGACGUGCACCGUCCUCAUACUUCUGGUUUUGUUGGCUUAUCGCUGCACCCCUUCUUAUCAUGGCUGUGUGGGUAUUCAGCGUAAUUGAUUAUGAACCACCGACCUACCACAACGGCGAAUACAAGUACCCGUGGUGGGCAGAGGCGAUCGGUUGGGGAAUAGCUUCUCUUUCGCUCAUUUGCAUUCCCGCUUUCGCUAUCUACGAGUUCAUCAGAGCCAACGGCAACACUUGUGCGGAGAAAUUACGGAACUCUAUUAAACCGCAUUUCGAAGCAUGCAAAAUUUGUGGCCAAGAAUACUGUAACGAGUCCUUGCAUAAUUUUGAGGACAACAUGAUCAAAGAGCAACAGGACGCGAGCAGUCCGAUACAAUUGAGCAUCACUACCCCUUUGUCGAAAUCCCAGACAUGAUGCCCAGACAGACAUGGAUCAUUCGAAAUUACUUAUUACGAGUCUUAUAAAGUGUUUACACAGACGAAUGAUGCGUUCAGCUGAUAGAGUUGAUGUCCGUUAAUUUUUUGUUCUUCGUUAGUAUCACACGUGAGUUUAUUAGUAAAAAUUUUGUAAAACGUACAAAUGCUACCAAAGCCAGCAGUAAGAUGGUUUACGAGUAUCAAAGUUGGCGAAUUCGUAAUUUUUUCUGACUCUUUCUGCCAUUAGUCGCACAAAAGUGUCACAAAUACGUAAAACCGUUUUUUAGUGCCGAAGGUAAUACAUAGUAGUAAUUCAAAGAAAAUUCGCUCUGUAUACUACGCGCAUCCACCAACCACGGAAGAGGCUCGUGGACGUUCGCGAGCCACUUAGCGCGGCCGCUGGAUACAUGGUUUUACGGUAAACAAACGAUUAAAGUAGAAUAGUAUUGUUUUGCUCAAACCUACCAGCGUUGACGUUAUACUCUAGCAAACAAGUGAAUUUAUGAUAAGAUUAAAUACAUUCAUUCACAUUUACCAGUAAAUUUACGAUAUUACGAUAUAUAGUGUCACUUUCCUCCCUUUUUUUUUUUUUUAAAUUAUUUCUUGGAAAAUUGCGUACGUAUAUCUGAAAUGUAACAUUCGUAUUGCAAAUAUUUUGUGGUCUGCACUUUGUAUUUCACUGGUCGAAACAAAAUAUCGUGUAACGUCUAUAAUAUUUAUUCAUUUUCUAUUAAAAAGAAAAUUAUGAUACUCCACAAAGCCGAUGGAGGACGAUAUUUAAACUGACUCACGUUCCCGAAAACAUUCAAGUGCAUAUUCUGCUUUCACAUUUUAAUAUGUCAUUUUGAAAUGAGAACUCUUUCAUACAUCCAUAUAAAAACUAAAUCGAUAUCAUUUAUGUGUAUGCGGAUCGUAAAGUGAAUAAAGAAAUGUGCACAACAUAA